AGGCCGCCUGGCGCCGCGGUGCGCAGGCGCCGCGGGGGCUGCUAAGUGAAGCGGCAAUGGACGCCUUGGAGUCGUUGUUGGACGAGGUGGCCCUGGAGGGGCUCGAUGGCCUAUGUCUGCCCGCGCUGUGGAGCCGCCUGGAAACGCGCGUGCCGCCUUUCCCUUUGCCGUUGGAGCCCUACACGCAGGAGUUUCUGUGGCGGGCCCUUGCCACGCACCCAGGAAUCAGCUUCUAUGAGGAGCCUCGGGAGCGACCAGACCUCCAGCUCCAGGAUCGGUACGAGGAGAUUGACUUGGAAACUGGCAUUUUGGAGUCCAGGAGGGACCCGGUCCCUCUGGAGGAUGUCUACCCCAUUCACAUGAUCUUAGAGAACAAGGAUGGCAUCCAGGGCUCGUGUCGGUACUUUAAGGAGAGGAAGAACAUCACCAGCGACAUCAGGACCAAGUCUCUGCAGCCGCGUUGUACGAUGGUGGAAGCCUUUGACAGGUGGGGGAAGAAGCUGAUCAUCGUUGCCUCCCAGGCCAUGCGUUACCGGGCCCUGAUAGGCCAGGAGGGGGAUCCUGACCUGAAGCUCCCCGACUUCUCCUACUGCAUCCUGGAGCGACUGGGCCGGUCCAGGUGGCAGGGGGAGCUGCAGCGAGACCUGCACAGCAGUGCCUUCAAGGUCGAUGCUGGGAAGCUUCACUAUCACAGGAAAAUCCUGAACAAAAACGGGCUCAUCACAAUGCAGUCCCACGUGAUCCGGCUGCCCACUGGAGCCCAGCAGCACUCGAUCCUCCUCCUCCUCAACCGCUUUCACGUGGACAGGAGGAGCAAAUACGACAUCCUCAUGGAGAAGCUGUCGGUGAUGCUGAGCGCACGGAGUAACCGCAUCGAGACACUGGGCAGGCUGAGGGAGGAACUGGGGCUGUGUGAAAGGACGUUUAAGCGCCUGUACCAAUACAUGCUGAAUGCCGGACUCGCCAAGGUCGUGUCUCUUCCCUUGCAAGAGAUUCACCCUGAAUGUGGGCCCUGUAAGACCAAGAAAGUUAAUGGAAGCCUAAGCAAUGGUUCAUAUGCUGAUGUCUAGUUCUUUUCUGUGCUGCUGUCCCUGACUUAUCUGAUGAGAGUGUUCCUUCACAUGCCUUGAAGGUUUCGCGUUUUUCUAUUGCCAUUAUGAGUCUUGAUUGGGAAAACUGUAACGCAAAGUUGUUUAUGUUGUUUAUCUGUUUUCAGUGUUUGAGUGAUUACCCAACUGAUCAGAAGUGUACUAAUUGUUGGCUAAACCGCUUGACUCUGACAGCUUAAAUUCUAAACCAAGUCUUCCAACUUUGGGCUUCCAGUUGGAUCCCUGGAACUCUCAAAGGAUGAGAAUCUAAAAUUUGUUAAAGUAACAGCUGCUUGAGUCAAUUCAGAUUAUGUGAAAUGUAUUAAAAUGUUGUAAAUGGUGUCAGACCUAUGCUGUAUUCAUGUUUUUGCUUUCCAGCUAGAGUGGUCUUAUAAAAAUAAGAGUAAAUUCUGUGUAUACAAGCCUUUAUGUUGUUAACAUUGGUUCAGAGAAUUAAGUUAAUGCCAAAGCCCUUUGGUUUGCUUGGUAGCUCACUUGCUCGGUUUUACAUGUCUUUGAUAUGCUUUAAACAUGUUUCUCUUAACGAUGAAGAUCUUUUCAAAGUUGUGUCCAUGUUUGCUGUCCAGGAGGAGUUAUUCUUAUGUUACUUAAAAGCAUGGAAAUGUAAUUUUGACUUUUAAUUCAGAUAAUGGUGUGGUAUUCAUUAAUAACUCAGUGUCUUAAGCCAUCUAGGCAUCAAUGCUAAGCAAAAUGUGGGGAAAUGUAUUGUACUUUUCACAUCUUAAAUUCGAUAAGAGAGACUGUUUAAGUUUGUUAGCAUGUAUUCUCAUAAAUUGUCCAUACAUGACAAUUCAAGACUAUGUAAAAGUAACUACAGAUAUAACGUUUCAGAAGGUGUGAGCAAGUCAUAAAAAGUUUUAAAAGGUUUACAACUUUAAAAUUGUUUACAGAGUUUUCUUUAAGUGCUAAUGCCAAAAUUACAUUGACCUAAAGUUAAAGUCUGAUCUUCUGUUACAACAAUGAGGUUUUAAAAAAAAAAAUGUGCACUAAUGUUAGUAAAUAUCUGGAAAUGGUCUAAGUCUUGAAAUCUGUUUUUGCAAAAACUGUAAUGUCUAUUUUAACAGUGUCUGCUUAAUCGGUUGCUCUGCCAUUUCUAGAGUUAGGUCCUGUAAGCUCUUUUUGACUCUGUUAAAUAGUUCUAAAUUAUGUAAACCCUUAUGUUCAAGGUUUUUAUUUCUGGUUUAUUCGACAAACAAGAGACAUAGAAUUCAUGUUACUCUACUGUCUCUGUUAAGUUCAGGUUAAUGAAAAGCAUUGUUAAGUAUUAUGAUCAGAUCUGGUUUAAAAGUGUAAAAAUCACCCUAACUAAUAAAUGGCUAUCAUUUCAGGAUGUUAAGGAAUUCUAUUUUGACCAGAUACUCUAAGUUCUCUUGGUACCUUUAACAGACUUUCUAAAAAUCAAAAUAAGGCUCCUCCUGGUAUUUUCCCCCGGUGUUAAAGGGGAAGGCAUUGGGCCAAUAAAUGUUACUCCAAAACUAAUAAAGAAGGUAAUUCAUUAAAAAAACAGAGUUCGGAAAACUGGAAGUGGGGCCAGCCUCGGGCCCUCCCUACAGGGAUCAGAGGACCGUCUUGCUAUAGUAUCAUUAAAGCAAUGGAGCCGUGUUUAUUGCAACAUUCUGUUAAUCUAUGCUCCUUUACCAUCUUUCCUCUAAAUAAUUUUAGUGUGCACUACAAGGCUUGCAGCGUAUUUCUUGCAGAUUAAACUAAAAGUAACUAAGUCUAUGCACAGCAGACAACAAAAAAAAUAAUUUGCUGUCACAAAUUGACAAAGUUGGCAGGAUCUGCAAGUAUACAAAGCAAUGCCUUUCUUUAAAAAAAAAACUGAAGUUACAUAUGUAGCCUGUAAUGUUCCUGGCUGGAAAGACCCUCAGUUGGCCUCUUUGGCAAAGGAAUGGGCUCUCUGCUCAGGAUUGAGUAAAAAUUGGGAUGACAAGUUAUGGAGUGCACAGCCUCCACAAGUUAUUAAGGUUUACAAUCGGUGCCAGUAAAAAAAAAAAAAAUGACUGUAAAUUACAAAAGGUUUGAGUAAGUUACAAAAGGUUCGAGUAAGUUACAGAGGGUGUAAAAAAGUUACAAAAUGUUAAAAGAACAAUGGUAAAAUGGAGGAAUCCUAUCACCAAUCAAUGGAAUGGACCUGAUCCGGUACUAAAAUGGGACGCGGGCUCCUAAGAAAUGGGUUUUUCUAUGCAGCCAAUAGGCCUUUACAUCAUUAGCCUCUGAUAACUUCCGCAAUUGCUCCCAUGUGGCCCCGAUGCUGACAUCUGUAUUUACAGCGGUGGAUAGAACAUGUCGGCGGCGUGCUUCACCUGAAGACUGUAAUGGCAACGUCAUCCUAAUAGGAGAGGACACUGCCCUUGCCGUGGCUGUAUCGGUAGUAAGUGUUCCUGGACUGGCCUUUGAAAAUAACCGUGGACUGCGAAGGCUUGCAUGUUUAGUGACCAAAACAAUCUUACUGCUACUGGAUUGUCCAAUAUGGCCAAAAAAAAUUGGUUCAAGUUUGCUACCAAACCUCCUUUGUAAUCAAAAAUAAUUAAUAUUUGGCUGUAAGUUUCAUCUCUCACCUAAUGUCAGACUGGAAUGGUACUCAAAGACGGGUAAGACACUCAGCAUCCUGUACCAACCUAAGACAGGGCUCUAGGCCAAGCUGCCAGAGUUACCGAUGAUGGGUAAGGACAGGAAUGACUGAGGGCAACCUAAGACAGAGGCCAUUCUCAAUUAAAUAAAAAGGGGGUUGCGGCAGGUGUGGAAACAGCACCGCCGCCCUUGCAAAAAAAUAAUAAUAAUCAACGCCAAAAAUAUCAGGCCCUCCAUAGAGCAGUAGAAGACGAUAUACUGGACCUAGAGAAGACCAUUGGUAAGCUAAAACAGUCUUUAAAGUAGUAUUGCAAAACAGAAGGAGAAUGGACUUGUUGUUUUUUUUUUUAAAAAAAAGGGGGGUUUAUGUGCUGCCUUAAAAAAAAAGUGCUACUUCUACACUGAUCCAUUCAGGGAUCAUCAGAGACUCUAUGGCUAAACUAAAAAAAGCCCUGUAAAAUUUUAAGAUUAAAAUUAGUACAAAAAGAAGAGGAGGGAAUAUAAGACCCCUGCUAAAAGUAAAUAUUAAAAUAAUUUUAGCAAAAUAAUUCUAGCAAGGGUUAAAAAGUUUGGCUGCUGACAGUAGCCAUUUCUUAAGAUAACUGUGUCUCCACCUGCCUGCAGAAUAACCUUGGGAAACUGCCUUGUGAAACUGCUCUGUGUCUGUGUAACGGUCUCACGCGAUAACACUUGCAGGAGUCCGGAAAAAAGUUACAAUAAGGUUCUGUACUGCCAUCCUCGUCCUUGCUUGCUUCAGCUGAGAAAAAGAAACUGCCCGUGACCCCCCCUCCCAAGCCCCUUACCUAGCAACCAUUAACUUACCCAAUAAAAUGCUAGUAUCCUGUAGCUUGCCCAAUAAAAUUGUAACACAAUUAAGUAUGCUAAUACUGUGGUUUUAAGCUUUAAAUACUCUGUAAGCUAUUGUUCGCGGCUGCUCUCUCUCUCUCUGCACCUUACCAGUAGGUGCUGCUGAGACAGCCCAUUUGCAAAUGUAAUAAACUUUCCUCUUGCCUUUUGCAUCGAUUGGAGUGGAGUCUGUGUUUCUGGGGUCCGGUUUGUGGGUUUGUGG